AUGGAGGAGCCAGUUUACACACAUUGGAAGGCAUUGAAGCGAAUUCUGAGGUACAUCCAAGGAACAGUGUCACUUGGGAUGUUUUACUCGAAUUCAGAGAAAUACAAGUUGGUUGGUUACUCUGAUAGUGAUUGGUGCGGAGACAUAGACGAUCAAAAAAGCACUUCUGGAUAUGUGUUCUUCAUGGGAAAUACUGCAUUCACUUGGCUUUCUAAAAAGCAGCCAAUAGUAACACUUUCGACAUGUGAAGCAGAAUAUGUAGCAGCAUCCUGGUGUGUUUGUCAUGCAAUAUGGCUCAGAAGAUUGAUGAGUAAAAUGGAACUAGAACAGAAAGAUGCUACAAUAAUACAAGUUGACAACAGGUCAUCAAUUGAGUUAGCAAAGAAUCCAGUAAACCAUGAAAGGAGCAAACACAUUGACGUUCGUUUUCACUUUAUUCGAGAACACGUGAAGGAAGGAAGUGUCGAAUUGAAGCAUGUAGCAAGUAAGGACCAAGCAGCAGACAUUUUCACAAAACCACUAUCAAAAGAAAUCUUCGACAGAGGGAAGAAAUUGAUAGGCAUGAUGAAUAGAAGAAACAUUUAA